UAACUGACUGAGCCACCCAGGUACCCCUACUCACAAUUUUUAAAAGAUGUUUUUGAGUAGUCCUCAAUUAGAAAUUAGAAUUCGGUCUAUCAAACAAGAUGUAACCCUCACAUUUAAAACGUCCAUAGUGAACAAUGAGCAAAAACAAUUUAAGUGUACUACUAAUGUAGUCCAGGCAUGUACUGUGGUUAAUAAAACACUGAGUCUGCGAGUUCCAAAUUUAGAUCCUUGUUCAACCACUUCCCAGACCUCAAGUGCCUUCUGUAACCUCUCUAACCUCACUUUUUUGAUUUGUGAGAUGACAUUUAAUAGUGCCUGUCUUAGAAUUAUUAUAAAAAUUAAAUAACACCUGUAAGGAGCUUAGCACAGUACCUGAUACAUGUUAUAUAUUAGGAAGUAUUUCCCAAAUGAUUUCAGAUUACCAAAAGGAAGAUUCUGGAGGAAUCUUUUCUAUUUCCAAGGUCACUGAUAUUUCACCUGUGAUCUUUUUGGUGCUGUUUUCAUCUCAACGUACAAAUGCUUUGCUUGUAACCUUGCAUCCUCUACUUGUUGCUCCCACUAAAUAAGUUUUUCCUACAACAUAAUGCAGUUUAUACUUGUGCUAAAUAACUUUGUGAUAUUGGUAGCCAUGGGUCUGUUCUUUGGUGCCUAGCUGGCUGUCUUUGAGCUUUCUCCAGAACCUUAAAGAUCUUUUAAGGCUACUAACUAGAAGAUAAUCAUUCUUUUAGUCAAGUACUCAGUAAAUGUUAUGACAAAACAUAGUUGUCUAGUUAAAGAACUUAACAGGUAAACCCGCAGCCCAGAGGUUUAUCAGCCACUUCCACAAGGUGGAGGUAUGAGUUCAUUAGGUUCUCAGGGAGAACACUUCCCUGAGGUGUAAGUUUAUUUCAAGUCGCAUUCAAUAUUCUGGGUGGCUAAGGCUCACCAUCUCCAUUAUUCUUCAUCUCUCUUCAGAACAUCUCCCUAGAGAGCAUCAGGCCAUAUCUUAGUUUGACCUUGAUUUGCUAUAUGAAGGUCUGGAACCAUCUUAUGCAACUGUAGAAGGCUGGGAAUGAGGCCCAAGAAAACCGAUCUCAGUAGACUGAAGCUCUGCCUGGAACAUUUCUGGUUGUUCAUGAGGAGGAUACAUGCUAAGUGCAGUACUCUGAUAGUGACUGCAAAGGAAGUGAAAUGGAAAUUAUAGUUUACAAUGUGAAAUGGAUGGGCGCGAGGCUUUUAUCUUAAUAUGAGGACUGUGAGCCCAGAGAAGACAUGACUUCUUCAAAGUUAUACAGGGGACAGCACAUUUGAAGAUGGAGGACCAAAAGAAAUACCCAAGUCGGAAAGCUACACACCAUUCAGGCAGAAUCUGGUUGGAGAGGAAAGCUGGUCUCAUGAUCAGAGAGCUUCCCCAGCUAGCCUGUAGUCCAGGACUGCAAGAAUUCAGGCAUGAGGACACUGUGCAGCAGGCUCACACAGGCAGACCCAAGAUGGACAGAACCUUGGAAUCCCUGAGACACAUCAUUGCCCAAGUCUUGCCUCACAGAGACCCGGCUCUAGUCUUCAAAGACUUGAAUGUUGUGUCAAUGUUACAGGAAUUUUGGGAAAGCAAGCAGCAGCAGAGGGCUGCAUUCCCAAGUGAAGGCGUGGUGGUCUAUGAGUCACUGCCAUCUCCAGGACCGCCCUUUGUGAGUUAUGUGACCCUCCCAGGGGGAAGCUGUUUUGGCAACUUUCAGUGCUGCCUAAGUAGAGCUGAGGCCAGACGGGAUGCAGCUAAAGUGGCCCUAAUCAACUCCCUCUUCAAUGAGCUGCCCUCUCGAAGGAUCACUAAGGAAUUCAUUAUGGAGAGUGUGCAGGAAGCAGUUGCCUCCACCAGUGGCACUUUGGAUGAUGCAGACGACCCCAGCACCAGCAUUGGAGCCUACCACUACAUGUUAGAGUCAAACAUGGGGAAGACCAUGCUGGAAUUUCAGGAGCUGAUGACCAUUUUCCAACUACUGCACUGGAAUGGAAGCCUAAAAGCCCUUCGUGAAACAAAGUGUUCCCGACAGGAAGUCAUCUCCUACUAUUCCCAGUAUUCCCUAGAUGAAAAGAUGCGCAGCCACAUGGCCCUGGACUGGAUCAUGAAAGAGAAGGAAUCUCCAGGAAUUCUCUCUCAAGAGCUACGGAUGGCCCUGAGGGAGUUGGAGGAAGCCAGGAAAGCAGGACAAGAACUGCGGUUUUACAAAGAAAAGAAAGAAAUCCUGAGUUUAGCCCUGACUCAGAUCUACAGCGAUCCUGACACCUCCUCACCCAGUGAUGAUCAGCUGAGCCUAACGGCUCUUUGUGGCUACCACUAGCAAGGCCAGGUUCCAGCUGGCCUGAGGUUGGCAGAGGCUGGACUCUAACAUUAGGAAGCUCAGUGAAGGAAGUUGUUGGAGGCUUUACCACCUACAGCUACCACCUGAAGGCUGUACUAAUUCUUCCCACCCAUUCCAUUCAUAGACUCUCAGAGUAAUAGGAUCCUUACAGGUCCCAACAAUUUUCCCAUCACACUUUCAAGAGUUCCUCCUCUUACUGAAAGGAUGGAGACAGAAUUGUUUGAAAAACAUUUCCCAGGUUUGGCUCUAACCUAAAGCCCUGUUGACAUGUGCCUUCCUAGAUUAUGUAUGUUGUUUUAAACAAUGGGCCAGUGUAGCAUCCCCCAAAAGAACACCAGCUGGGACUGGGGAAAGUAGCAUGAGAGCAAUUUUUAAAAAUAGUUGGGAUUAAAUAAACAACAUAGAAAAUACACAUGGGUCAGAAUUUCUUCCUAAGCUUUAUAAACUAAGAGACACUUCUACUCUACUAGGUAAAAUCCAAAAUUCCAGUGGCAAUUUUAUCUGGACAUCCCACUAUCAAAGAUCUAAAGUGGUAAUAGUGAAAAUACGUGAUAAAUUUAACUUGGCUUAAAAUGCCAGUUAUAAUAAUUUUAAAAAAAUCCACACUCUUCGGUAUGGGGAUAAAUUUCACCUAGAAUAGUACUCCUAUUCCUCAAGAAGAAUUAGUAUCUAAUUUUAAUGAGUCCUGCAAACAGUGAUGUUCAUUUUUAACUUGCAAAUAGAUAACUCAGAUUGAUUUGUUUUUAUUUUUGCCACCACAGUCAUCUAUGUAUCAUGGAGACAGUCACUGGAUUUUGAAAAAUCAUUAGCUUUUAACAGUGCUUGCAUUUGAUUAGUUUCUCGUGCAUUAGAGAGAAGGAGUAUUUAACUGUCUUUAUUGUUGUUCAAGAACAUAAGCCAGGAGUAGUUCAAAUGUAGUGUCAUUUCCAAGUUUUAAUUAGACAUUGUCAUCUCUCUUUGAAAAUGGCUUGGGUCAAUUAACUGAUUAGAAAACCAAAAGCAAAUACAGACCAAUUUUUAGAUGGUUUCUGGUCACUCAAAUUUAAGAAUGGCAGCAGUGUGAAUUUUAGACAUUUGUAGGAAUUUCCAACUUUAUAACACAAAAAGGAUAAUCUUGCAUUUAGUCCAAUAAUUCAAAAUAAAGGAUACAGUUUUUUCAAUGUUAAAUAAGAUUUCUUUUUCUUCAUGUUUAAGUGAAUGCAAACUAACGUUCCUGAAGGCUAAAACCAUUAUAUUUACAUUAAAGUUUACAAAAGCAUGAUAGCUUAACUUCAUAUAUAAAUAUGUGCAGAUGUAAUUAUCACUCCUUAAGUCCCCAUGAAAACUAUAUAUAUGGAUCAUGUAUUUUGGAAUUAGCCUUUAAAAUAAAAAAAUUAAUUUCAGAUAUCAUAUUUCUCACACCAGGGGAAAAUUUAGCUUCUUACCUACUGCCUUACUCUGUCGUGAAAGGUAAUACUAUAAAUAUUAGAUAAAUUUAAUUUAAAAAUAUUGUGUUAACAAACGUCACAUUUCUCCCCAAAAUGAGGCUAAAUGUCACCUAGAAUAAAACUAAAACUAUAUUCCUAUAGUUAUAAUCCUAAAAAGGAAUUCGAAUUAAUAUUUGCAAGUUGAAUAAAUUUUAACAUUAAGGAAACUUUCUGUUAAAAGCAAUUUUUUCAUAAAGUCAUUACUCUUUAUCAUUUCAUAAAACCGUAAUUUCCCAUGUUAGGUGUGAUUAUAGGUAGGUCCAUCUUUGCUGCAUUUGCAGCUUUUGACCAUGACCACCUAAAGCUGACACCAUCUAAUUAGAUCCAGGAAGGGGAAUCAGCAAGGAAAAUGUUAAAAUUUAUUCUUUGCUCUAUAAUUAGAAAACUGUACCUAUUACGUGAACUAAAAGCAUUGCCCUUGGCCAAUGGCAGUUUUCCCAGCUGGUCAGAACUGCCUACUCUUCCUGGAAUGGUAUGGAACCUAUAGCAAAAGAAACAAAAUUCAGAAUCUCUGCCAUUGCUGGAGCCUUUUAAUGCUCAUUUAUAGCAAAUCAAUUUUAGCUAAGACAUAAGGGCUGCCAGUACAUCACUUAAACAUUUAUAAUUCCAGACCUAAGAAGAGCCAUGUUGAAAAGCAAAGUAGAUUCUUCUUCUUCUUCUUCUGUAUCUUGUUCUCAGUGAUACACUGUGUUGAAGGGGAUUAAAGUGGAAGAUUCUCUAUUUUAAAUAUAUGGAGUUCUGGGUCCUAAACUUUUGUGGUUAUAAUGCCUUUGAGAAUCUGAUGAAAGCUAUGGACCUUCUCCUAGGAAAAUAGAGUGAAGCAUAUACCUUCAAAUUUAUGCAAACAGUUUCAGAGAGUUUGUGAACCUCCCCAACGUCCAUGGAUUGCUCUAAGGACCUCCAAUUUAGAACCUUGAGUACAGACUUAUAGUCUCAAACUUUUCAGCAUGGAUCCAAACUAGCUCAGACCAGCCCUGUGUAGCCUAUUUCUAAGAUAAAUGUUAUCAUCCUUAAAUACAGAAUUGUACUGCAUUUUGACAAGAAUGGUUUAAUCUUCACAAAAUCCAAAUAUACCAAAUUGCUAUGAAAAAACAGCUUAAAACAAACUAGUCACUAAGUGUGUGAACCUAUUAGAAUAUUGUCAAUCUAAUAAAGACAUUAUUCCUCUAAUGAUCAGAAUUUGUCCAUUUGUUCAAAAGCUGUAGUCCACUGAUAUGUUUUCCAUUUAAUUUAUUCACUUACCUCUAGAAAAGGAG